GGACUUCGGAGGGGGGGAAGCGAGAGAGAGAGAGAGAAGAGAGAGAGAAAGAAGGAAGGGAAGAAGGGAGAGGAAAGCGGGGCGCGGAGGGAGGAGGAAGAGGACGGAGCCCCGAGGCGGAGGCGGCUCAGGUGAGAGGCGGGGGGGGGGGGCGGCCUGGGAUUGGGGGAGGGGAGGGGUGGGUGGGGGAGGGGAGGGGGUCCGGGCUCCCCCCGGGCGAGAGGGGCUUCCGGGGUCUCCGGCCUCGCCUCUCUCGGCGGCGAAGGGGUCGAGGCCGCCGUCUCUCGGGGCCUUUCAGCCGGGCCUGCCUGGCCGGGCUGCGGGGAGGAGGGGUCCCCGGGGGGCUGGCGGGGAGGGGGGCGGGGGCUCAGCAGAUAGAAUAUGGAUAUUCCUCAUUGCUCAAGGUGGAAAACCAGCAUGUAAGUUAAAAUACAGUGGUACCUCGGGUUACAGACGCUUCGGGUUACAGACUCCGCUAACCCAGAAAUAGUGCUUCAGGUUCAGAACUUUGCUUCAGGAUGAGAACAGAAAUCGUGCUCUGGCGGCACAGCAGCAGUGGGAGGCCCCCAUUAGCUAAAGUGGUGCUUCAGGUUAAGAACAGUUUCAGGUUAAGAACAGACCUCCAGAAUGAAUUGAAUACUUAACCCGAGGUACCACUGUAAGACUUUUGAGAUCCCAGAGGGAGGUGUCAUUCAGGGGUUUCCACAGUCUCUCUGGGCCUUUCAGCCAGGCCUACCUGGCAGGGCUACGGGGAGGAGGGAUCCCCAAGGGGGCUGGAGGGGAAGGGGGUCAGGUGCUACAGAGGGAGGAACGCUCAGCAGAUAUAAUAUUGAUAUUCCUCUUUGCUCAACGUGGAAAAUCAGCAUGUGAUUUAAAGUAAGACUUUUGAGAUGGCAGAGGGAGGCGUCAUUCAGAGGGGGGGACAGGGUGUGAAGGGGGGGAAUGUUCCCUUUCACAUUACACGCACACACAUAUUUAUAACACACAUGAAUGGGGCGUUUGGUAUUACUUCACCCUCCUGUGGCACCGCCAAGUGAUCAGAGGGCUUUGCGUAAUACCUGCUUGCAAUCCUUACAGUGGCCCUGCUAGGUAAAUCUGCAUUCUUGCUUCCCACCCCCCCAAAAAAAAUUGCAGAUGGGGAGGUGGGUAGCUGUUUGUGUGCGAGUCGCUUUCCUGGUAGGCCACCUAGUUUGCUCGUGGCCGAGGCGAGAUCUGAAGCAGGGGCUGCCUCGUUUACACUGCGCCGGGUCUCAAUAUAUAGUUUAGGUGUGUAAACUUGUGCCUGAGGAACAAAAAGUGAAGGUGCAAGAGGGAUGCCCUAUAGUGAGGGGUUGGAGAGAGAACUACGGUUGCUGCUGUUGUUGUUCUUGAUUGACCCCAAACAUCACAGUUACAGUGAGGAAAUCCCUUUCCCCAAAAUGUAGGGAAUGGGUUUGGGGAGGAGCUUAGACAAGUUCAAGGAGGAGGAGGAGAUCUAAAGCUUCCAAGUUCAGGAGCAGCCUGCUUCCGAAUGCCAGUUUCUGACACUGGAAAUCCAGCCACAGGGUGGAGGAGGAGGAGGAGGAGGAGGAAAAGAAGGUGCUUUAUUCUCGCAGCCGCCCUGGCAGUCAAGUAACAAGACAGCACCCAGCCGAAGCCGCCGCCUUGGAAUUUGAACCCGGGCGUGAAUCUUAACUCUGGGCUGCGUAUUGGGAGAGAGGGUUGCCUUUAGGUGGAACUGGGAUCUGGAGGCAGCUGCCUGCCUUCCUCUGCCCUGGAAAUCUUCGGAGCCAAGGCUGUCUUUUUCCUUCCAGUGCUGGGAGGUGAAAGGUGUUCCUCCGCAGGGAGUGGGGCCCAUCCCACCCCCCUUGUAGGGAGUGCCAGGCGCUCUGCGGGAAGGCUUUGGAGCAUUGUUAGAGCGCAGGGAGCAGGUAAUCCCUUUAUGACUCCCCCCUUAUCGUUUUUUGCCCGCUCAGUCAGAAGAAGGAAGGAGAAAUCUUCCCCUCUCAAAUCCCAGUUGUUGGGCUGUAGGGAGGGAUGUUCUCUUGGCUUAAAAUAGUCUCUCGGUGACUUCACUGUUCAAACACGGGUGUGGUGGAGGGAGAGGAAGCCAGGAAGAAAAGGUCUCUGGGGGAGGACCGGCUGGAGAGGCUCGUGGGCCCCCACCAGCCAUCCUGCGAAGGCUGCCAGAUAGAGCAGCUUCCCUGCAACCGGGCAGACGUGCGUGUCUGUUGAUAAGGGUUCGGCCUCUGCGUUUACAGCCUUUCCAGUGGGGUCGGCAAGGCUUUUCCUAACACGAGUUCUGGUUCCUGUGAUGCCCUCCCUACUUCCCCCUGUGGCUUUGCCCUACUUCCAACUGGAGCCCCCACUCCCGACCCCGCGCUGGUGAAACUUUGGCAGGCACAAACUUGCACAGCAAACUUCCCUCCCUGCUCAGGAGCCUCCUCUGUCCUGACUUGCCCCUUUGGCAGUCGCUGCACUUGGGGGGCUGUUCUGGGAGCGGGGAUUGAGCAGCCCCCCUGCCUGCUGUGGGUGCACCCAAGUGAUGGAUUUUUGGGAAACAGCUUGCUUGGGGAAAGCCGUUCAGAGACUGGCCUGAGUAUUGCUUCCAGGGCAGGGAGCCCACAGAGACACGGAAGGCCACCCAUCUGUGGACUGAGCUUGAUGGGGGUUUCAUCAAUAUGGAAUAAUCUGAAUCAGACGUGGAUAUUUCUCCUUUUUCCUGUGGGACUUGGGGUUGUUCCACACACACCCCUGGCCUGCCCCAUAGUUGCUGGUCCAGGGUGGGAGGCUGGCACCCUAACUGAGCUCCCUCCCAACUCAGGAGAAUUCCCCCCCCCCUUUUUUUGGCUCUAAAACUUUGCUGGUCGCUAGCUUGCCAUUUUCUUGGGGGUAAAGGGCAAAAUCAAAAAGUAGAAUUUGGCAACAGUGAGGAUUAUUUGUGGUUAGGAGUUGGCGAUGAGGGAACCCUCUUGUGAUGGCUGCUUGUGACAAAGCCAUGGAAUUCUGCAUGGUGGUUCUCCUGGGCUGAGAAAGUUCAGCAGCUAAUAAGUCCUAGAAAGUAAUCAUGGUCUCUCUCUCUCUCCUCCCCCUCUACCCUUGGAACAUCCAGCAGGAGCAGAAAAAUGAAGGCAGGCUGCCCCAUUGUGGAGAAGCCAGAGGGCGGAGGAGGUAAGAAUCCCACCCAUCAAACCCUUGGGCUCUGUGAAUUCAGAGGCCGGACCUCUUCUCAGAAGCUUGCCGCCUUCUUUGUCUGUGAAGAAACUGUCCUGUUUUCUCCUUCCUUGAGAUGUUAUCUUGGCAGAUGCCAUUGCUUCAGGACUGAUCAGUAAGAGCUGUUCGACAGUGGAAUUUGCUGCCAAGGAGUGUGGUGGAGUCUCCUUCUUUGGAGGUCAUUAAGCAGAGGCUUGACAACCAUAUGUGCUCUGAUGGUGUUUCCUGCUUGGCAGGGGGUUGGACUCGAUGGCCCUUGUGGUCUCUUCCAACUCUAUGAUUCUAUGAUCAGGCUGUUGGCCUUGCAGCUAGACUUAGGGGGCUCUCCAGACAGGACAGUAAAGUGAUAAGGUGGUUGUGGGGGGGCAUGGAAAGACACUGCAGAGGCGCUCUGGCUGCAUAGUGGUGACCAUAUUAGUCCACGAGUCUUGAGGCCGCUUGGAACUAUUGAUGAUGUGAAGCAGGACGGGGGAACUGGACUCCCAACUGCCACCGUCCUCCUCGCCAUUGGCCAUUGGUUGCUAGGAGGUGGAGCCCUGCAGGGUCUAGAGGACCUCACAAGUCCCUGAUCCCUCGUGUCAAAGAAGCCAAAACGGUGUGAGGGCCAGGGACUGCACAAUGCUUCCUCCUGGGAUCUUGCACCUCAUAAUAAUAACAAUAAUAAUAAUAAUAAAGAAAGAAGCUGCAAUAGUUUUAAUAGCCAGGUGACCACCGCAGAGGCUCUCUCCGUGGAGAGAAAGUGGCUCUUCGGCAGGUGGGACCCUCAUUCCUCUUCUGCCCCUGAAGCUCCCUCUGUUUUUGGCCUUCUCUGCAGGCUACCACUUCCCGGACUGGGCCUACAAGACGGAGUCCAGCCCGGGCUCCCGCCAGAUCCAGCUCUGGCACUUCAUCCUGGAGCUUCUGCAGAAGGAGGAGUUCCGGCACGUCAUUGCCUGGCAGCAGGGGGAGUACGGGGAGUUCGUCAUCAAGGACCCCGACGAGGUGGCGCGGCUGUGGGGCCGGAGGAAGUGCAAGCCCCAGAUGAACUACGACAAGCUCAGCCGGGCCCUCAGGUGAGGGGUAGCAGGGUGCGGGCCCAGGGAAUGUGGGAGUUGAGGGCCUGAAUAAGAGGAGCUUGGCCCUUGUCUUGUCAGCAAAGUCCUCCCUGCCAGGUUUGAAAUGGGCCCUGGUGGAGAUUUCUGCAAGGGCAGAAGGCUGGGCUCUUCUCUGGCUCCUAACUAGGGCAACAUGGGAUACUUGCUCUCUGUGCUUUGCAGGGUUCUGCAAUCUGAAGUGCUUCGGGUGCAAUCCUAGGCGUGUGUUCCAAGCGAUAAGGAGUCCUUUCCAAGGCAGAAGGUUUUCCUCUGAGAAUUGUGCUGUCAGCCUUCCAGGAAGUUUCCCAAUCGCGUUCUGUGUCUGCUCUUGAAAGUCCAGAGGGCGGAGGGUACAAAAUGGAUCCCUAGAUCAGCCACAGCUGGCUUCCUGGGAUUCAGUUCCCUCAUUGUGGAAGCGAGGCUUGAACGUUGGCGUGCAGUUUAGGGUGGCACACAAAGUUUCAGGCUUGCAGAUUUGGAAGGCAUCCCAAAGGUCAUCUGGUCGAACCCCCUGCAAUGCAGAAACUGCAGUGAAGUCAUAAGAACAUCGGAAGAGCCUGACGGUUGGCUCAGGUACUGGGGGGUCAUUUAGUCCAGCAUCUGCCCCCACAGUGGCCAGUCAGGCGCCUUGAUGGGAAGCUCACAAGGCCUGAAGUUUCCAGCAGCUGUCACUCAGAGGCAGGAGAACAGAGCCAUCAGCGUUCGCAGCAACCAUUCAGGGGUCUCUCUAGGCGGAAAGGUUCAGGGUCUUACAAUCUUGGCUGUUUGGGGAGGGGGCAGUCCUUGACUGAGAAGCCCCUCUGGACUCUCUCUGUUCUUGAGAGGGCUAACUGGGUAACAGGCUUGUUCAGACAGCAGAAGAGAUGGCACGAGAGCCAUGCUCAAAAUAUCUGAAGGGCUGUCACAUGAAAGAUGGAACCAGCUUCUUUUCUGCUGACCCAGGAGAUAGGACCCAAUUCAUAGAUUCAAAUGACAAGAGAGGACAUUCUGACUAAACAUCAGGAGGAACUUUCUGAAAGUGAGAGCUGUUCCGCUGUGGAACGGAAGGUGGUGGACUCUCCUCCUCUGGAGGUUUUUAAGCAGAGGUUGGCUGGCCACCUGCCAGGGAUCCUUUAGUUGCGAUUCCUGCAUUCCAGUUAGGCUAGGUGACCCCUUCCAGCCCUACAAUUCUGUGUUUCUGUGACUCUAGGAGCGGGGUGGUUGGGACAGGAUCAUUGCAGAUCUGGGGUGCUGUAUCUAGUGCAGGAGUCCGGCUGGUUCCUGCCAUGGUCUCUGCUUCCACGAUGCAUCCUAGGCAGUCCUCUGUUAGGGCUGCUGGGGUGCCCCUUCUUGGUCCUCUGCAAGGCUCCCUGUCCUUGCCCCCCUCCUCUUCUGGCUCUCUCGCCCCCUCCUCCUCCUGACAAGGCAGCCAGAGCUGUUGAGCCAGUGCCAAGACUUGAGGGCGCACGCCAAGUGGUGAACAGGUUGUCUCUUCCCUCUGGCUUCUGUCCCCAGGAGGUGGUGGCUGAGCAGAGGGGAGCCCACGGGCUUGGCUGCUGCUCUGCCCUCUGCUCAACUCCUCGGUGGCGGAGGCCAAGAUCAGCGAACAGGGCGGCAUCCUGUACCUAAUGGGAGAGGAAGGAAGUAACAGGUCGGAGGAUGCAGGCCCAGCCAUUGAUCCCAGGGAGGAGGAGAGGCAGAGCCCUGCCCUCGCCGCCUCCAGGAGCCUCCAAAUGGCACCGGGGAGACAAAGCAGCAUGGCUGGCCCAGCAGGUUGACGGGAGGAAACCCGUCUCCCAUUGUGUUCUUCCCUUCAGGCGCCUCUUUCAGGAAGAGCGGAAGCUGCCUUCUGUCUUACCCAGUAUUGACAACACGGAUGGGCAGAAUUAGCAGCUUGCCUGGUUGUGGUCUGUGAGGACGUUCCUCUGCCCUGCCUGGAGACCCCCGUGGGGACUGGGCCCCGGAAUCUUCUGCGUACAAAGCAGAUGUUCCAUUAAAGAGCUCCAACCCUCCCUGUAAAAACAAAGGCAGGUUCUAGGUGUUGCAGUCUUAUGCCAAGGGAGACUCUUGGUCCAUCUAGCUCAGUUAUUGUAGACACUGACUGGCACCAGCGGCUCUCCAGGGUUUCAGGCCAGGGACGUUCCCAGCGCUAGCUGGCCAUGCCAGGGAUGGAACCCUUCUGCAGCCAAAGCAGGUGUUCUCACCACUGAAUUAUGGCCCCUUUCUUACAGAAUCUCAACUCAGAUUCCAGUCCUUGUGUUUCCAAAUAAAGGAAUGUGGGAGGCUUCCAGGGAUUGAACCCAGGGACUUCUGCAGGCAACCCCAGUGCUUCCCCCACUGAGCUGUCUGGACGUAGCAUUCCUCACGGCUGGCUGGCGCCCUUAUAUCCUUCCUUCCUUUAUUUGGCAGAUACUACUAUAACAAGCGGAUCCUCCACAAGACGAAAGGGAAGAGGUUCACCUACAAGUUCAACUUCAACAAGCUGGUGAUGCCCAACUACCCCUUCAUCAACAUCCGGCCAACAGGUAAGAAGAAGGGCGUUGAGCAAGGGGCCACCCAUUGUGGGUCCACUUCCCACGGAAAGGCAAACCAGCGCCAACUCAUACUUUCCAAAAUAGCUGUUGGACAGCAGAACGGACUCCCUUGGAAGAAGGUGGAGGACUCUCCUCCCUUGGUGGUUUUCAAACCCUACAAUUCUGUGUUUCUGUUACCGCGGAGGAAAGAAGCUGCUGUCUUGGAACAACAUUAGGGCUCCUGCAGGAACAAGUCUGGGCAGUUGCUGCCUGAUGUUGCUUGUUCCAGUUCCCUUUCUUCUUCCUCUCGGGUCCGCCCUGCACUCGCCUCUCUCUCUCUCUCUCUCCCCUUCCCUCCCUCCUGGCUGCCUGGGGCUGGCACCGAGCAGGCAAGGAAGGUGCUGGAGUCCUGGAAUGCCUCCCAGUAUGAUUGCAGCUUGUUUUCUUUCUUCUCCCCUGUGGGGAGGUUGACGCAACAAACCUGUUUGGCCCUUGCCUCCUUUGCCCUCGCCCCAGAUAUUGGCGCUUCCUUUCUUGUGGGAAGUGGCAGCCUAGGUGGCGUGUGGGGUCUUUGUGCCUGAGGGCUUCCCCUACGCAGGGAAACGGGAGGCCACACCAGCCAUUCCUGGCCAAAGAUGAUUUUUAUGUUGUUGUUGCUGCCGCUGUUGCUGAUGCUGCUUUUUUUAUCUCACAAGGUGGCAUAUAUAGUUCUCCCCUCUUCUCAUUUAACCCCCACAACAACCCUAUGAGGUAGGUUAGGCCAAGAGGCAGAGACUGGCUCUCAAGGACACCUGGUGAGCUUUCCUGGCUUGAGUGGGAAUUUGAGCCCUGGUCUCGCCCACGCCCUAGUCCAACACAAUGAUGAUGAGGAUGAUUUAUUUAUUAACACCCCCCCCCAAUCUGGCUGGGUUUUCCCAGCCACUCUGGGUGGCUCUCAACAGAAUAUUAAACAGAAUAAAACAUCAAACAUUAAAAACUUCCCAAAACAGAGCUGCCUUCAGAUGUCUUCUAAAAGCCAGAUAGUUACUUAUUUCCUUGACAUCUGAUGGGAGGGUGUUCCCCAGGGCAGGUGCCACCACCAAGAAGUCCCUCUGCCUGGUUCCCUGUAACCUCACUUCUCACAGGGAGGGAAGCGCCAGAAGGCCCUCGGAGCUGGACCUCAGUGGGCUGAACAAUUGGGGUGGAGAUGCUCCUUCAGGUCUACUGGGCUGAGGCAGUUUAGGGCAUUAAAAAUCAGCACCAACAUGCAAAAGGCUCCCUGCACACCCUCUUGGGCAUUACAGUUGGCAGAGUGGGGGCUCUUGGCUGUGUUCAGGUGUGGGGUGUGGCUGGGUUCUCCUUGGCAGCCCCCUAGUUGUGGCACCCCCUUUCCACAGAAGUGCGUUUGGCACCUUCCUGGUCCAGUGUCUGCCAUACGCUGCAACCUCACCUUUUCACCCUGGGCCUUUCACCCUGGAGAUACCUCCGUGUGUUUCCAGGUCCCACCCUAUUCCCUUAAUUUGUUUUAAACUGUUUUGGAUAAUUGAACCUUAAACUGUUGCCACCUGCCCUGGAACCUGAUGGUGAAGGGCAGGCAAGAAGUUGAAUAAAUAAUAAUGAGGAUGAUUAUUUCUGUGGGCUGGAGCUUUGAGAGGGGGGUUGUGAGACCUGGGGCUGCUCCUGGAGGCCAGGGCACUUGGUGGGCAAGCCCCUGCAGAAGCCCGUCUGCCCCUCGUAACGCUCAGACAGGCCUCCAUUCCUCACGCCCCUCCGUCUCCUUCUUCCUCAGGUGUCGUCCCCCAAAGCGCCCCUCCUGUCCCGUCGGCCUCGUCCCACUUCCAGUUCUCCCCACUGGACGGCCACUCGCCCACCGAGGACGCCCAGCCCAGUCGCUUCUCCGGCCGGCCCCUUGCCUCGUCCGCCCAGGAGACCUUGAACAACGGCGGCCGCGGCGAGAAGUCUUCUCCAGCUCCGGAGCUGGAGGGAGGCUCUCCGGACUGGCGCCACGGAGUGGACCUGCUGGCUUCCCGCAAUUCCGCUGCUGCCGCCGCUUCCGCAGGUGGGGUCAGCCACCAGAAGCGCAAGCCGGACUUGGUGCUGCCACUCUUUGGACGGUCGGGGAUGUACCCCGACCCGCAUAGCCCUUUCGCCGUCUCCCCCCUGCCGACGCGCGGAGGGGUCUUGAACGUGCCCAUCUCGCCGGCCCUGUCGCUGACCCCCACCCUCUUCUCGUACAGCCCCUCGCCGGGCAUGAGCCCCUUUGCGGUGGGCGGCAGCUGCUUCUCCUUCAACCCCGAGGAGAUGAAGCACUACCUCCACUCGCAGGCCUGCUCCGUCUUCAACUACCACCUCAGCCCGCGGACUUUCCCCCGCUACCCGGGCCUUCUCAUCCCGCCCUUCCCCUGCCAGCUGCCUCCGGAGGACCCGGCCCAGUUCCCCAUCAAGCUGCAGCCCCCGCCUGCCGGACGCAAGAACCGCGAGCGGCCGGAGAGCGGCGGCAGGCCCGGGGCCCCUCCGCCGUCCUCCCCCCAGAUCAAGGUGGAGCCCCUGCCGGACCGCCAGGAGCCCGAGGGCAGGGAGUCCCCGGGGCGAGAGGGAGGCUGCCGCUCAGCCACCCAGUCGCCCACCUGCAAGAGCUCCCAGGAGCAGCGGGAGAAGACCCUCUUUGCGCGGCCAGUGGCCCCCUCCUGGCCGGCAGCGGCGGCAGCAGCUCAGCCCCCAGCGCCCACCCAGGCUGACCUUCCGGCCAACGAGAAGAAGCCCAAGCAAGAGGACGUCUCCGUUGAGAAGCCCCCGCGAGAGACGAUGGGGGAGGCAGCGGGGGCCCCGGAGAAGAGGGAGGACUCCGCCGCUGUGAUGCCCCCCAAACUGCGCCUGAAGAGGCGCUGGAACGACGACCGGCAGGCGGAGGGCCUGAAGGAGGAGCAGGGGGCCAGGAAGCCCUACUGGGGAGCCCUGGACACCCCACACAUCCUCCUGGCCCCCAAAGCUGCCGUGGAUACUUAGGACUGUAGAAGCCCCAUGGCCGUGGCGGUGUUUGUGUGUGUCUGCUUUGUACUGUAGCAAGAUUUGCCUAGCCAGGAGGGAAGGGGACCCAGGGGAAAAGGAGGAGUGGGGAGGCUAGAAUGGUUUUAUGAACUCUAGGGGUUGUGUGUGUGUGUGUGUGUGUGUGUAUUGCAGGCAAGAGGCUGUUUGGGUCAAGGCCUGCCUUGUCUGCAGCCCUGUGGCCCCGUCUACGGCCACUGCCCUGCCUCCUGGUGGGCUUCCACUGACGUGAAAAGACUUUUCUCUUGAAUUCUGCCCCCCUCUCCCCUUACGGUCUUUUACAGAAGCAAGAAUCUGUCUGAAUGUACAUAGUUCUUUUCUCUGGAAGGGGGGGGCGGUGGGGGGCGGGUGGACCAGGCGGAGGACUUCCUAGCCAUUCAGAACUGGAAAUGUGUCUCGUUACCAAGCUAGGAAAACGCUUUAUUUAGCCACCAGGACAUUGCACUGUCUUUGAUCCUUUUUCAAAAGCGGGGAUAGCAGGAAGAGGAGAGGGAAAUGAGACUUGGCCGAGCUGGCGGCUGCCCCCUGGGGCAGGGGAGGGCCUGGGGCCUGGGCCGGCUGGAAUGAGGGCUUGGCAACCAUAAGUGUUACUUUUAGGACUUUGCUGGGGAGGGAGGGAGGGGGACACACCGAAUGGUCACGUUUUUUAAAAAACUUUUUUUGAAAAAUUAUCGAAGAAGCCAUGACGAGCAAUUGUAAAACCUUUUCAGGGAUGUGCAAGGAAUGUGGUUGUAAACGAAAACCUUGAAUGCCUUUAACAAGACCCCCCCCUCUGUAAUUUCCCUUGGUGGUUGUGGGCGAGGGGCGUUGGGGGGCAACGGAGCUGAGAAGCAGCUGGGAGCUCCCACAGAAUGACUUAUCCGGGGCAUCCUUUUCUUCCUCCCUCCUUUUGGGGAGCGCUGGGAGGGGAAAGCUCCCCCGGCCUUUUCCGUCUUGCCUUAACUGCCUGCUUUGGAGACAAGCGCUGGGAAACGGCUUAUGCUGGGGGGGGGCAGGGGGUGUUGUUUUCUGCGAAGAGGGGGCACGUAGCUCAGGGUGUGAAGACGGGCCUGGGUCCUCCUUGCGGUUGCAGCAUGGCGGCAGUGCUGGAGAGUUAGCAGCAGAGUUGGGCCGGCUGGUCGGGUUGCCCGUCUUCUGGUGCCCGUGGGCACUGUCCUAAAACCCAGGGGCGUGUGGUGGGCAGGGCACCCCUGCGGCUGCUCCUCUUCCCCCUUCUCCCAAGGCGGCCCAAGGAAAGGGAGAAAGCUUGUGCAUGCAGACUCCCCAAGGGUGACCCCGCAGAGAUGGGGAGCUCAUGACGAGUUCCCUGCAAGAGCAGCGUCUCCCAGUGCCCCUUCUUUUUCCUGCCACUGCGAAGGCGAGGAUCCCCUUCCUUGCUUGCUUGCACGCUUGUUGGGGUUUGUGGGCAGUCGUGGCCCCAACGCAAAGCUCACCCCUGUGCAAACUCUCGCUUUGCCUCUUUGAAUGUCCCCUUGCCAGUGUCUGCCCCCCUACAACGGAUCAGGUUCGGGGAAUUCCUGGUGCGGUCCGGUCCCCCCCCCCCCAUGAGCGAUCUCAAGCUGCUGCCUCUUCUCUUUGGGCUGGAGGGCAUCAGGGAAGCUGUUGGCUACCAGUUUUACUUCGAGACUGGCAAGGAUGACCAAGUCAAAUACUGUUUGGGGGAUGGAAGUCUUGGGAACGGGGAGGCUCUCGCCCCAGUGUCGUGGGCUGUGCCCCCCUCAAGAGCUGUGUGGCUCUUGCUGGGCUUCACGCAAGCCCGCCCCUCCCUCUUUGGUGUUGCCCAGCAUCCUGCGCACGAACAGCCUUAUGAAUGUUGCGGGGGUGGGGCUGCAGCGCUUUCCCCCGGACAGGCAGGGUUUGGCGGAGAUGGGCUCAAAACUCAGGGACUGAAACAUGACGGCCUUUUCUUCCUCCUCCUCUUCUUCUUCUUCAGAUGAGUACAUGCAAACCUUCAGUCUAUUGUACCCAAGUGCCAGACGCCACGUCAGGCGGGGCUGGGGGGUUGAUGGGGGGGUUGCUCGUGAGAAAUCCCAUUUGCACUUCUUCAGUGAGAAUUCGUGUCUUAAAAACAAACACCCUAACCUUUGCUGUCCUUUUUCUCCUCUGCCCCCCUCCCGCCGAUAGCCAUGGCAGUGCAGAGUGGACGUGCCCUGUUCAGGGAUGGUGGCGAAAGGGCUCAGGGUACCGGAAGGGCACGGGGGGGGGGGGGCAAAGCGAAGUGAUCUGCUGUGUGUGUUGGGAGGGCGGAUGCCUUCCACCUUCGGCUGGCUCAGGGAGCCAUCGCUGUGGCUUUGCAGGGGCCGCAGCAGGCAAGGCCCCUUCCUGGCUUCUGAGGGGAGGGGCUCCCCAUUUUUCCUGCAGGAAAAAGCAGCCACAUGCUUUGAAGCGUCUCUCCCGUAGUGCCAAAUACUCAAGCCGGUGGGCGGCUGAACUCCUGUAUUGCGACUAAUCGAGAGUGUGUUGACCUUUCUUUAACGAGAAUUAUAAUACCUUUUUUUUGGACAGCGUUUAGAUUUUUGCUGGCCUUGGGAACGUCAGGAAGCAAGGAAGCUGCGAAGCUUGCAACCUGGCUGCCCCAAAGCCUGGCAGGAGGAGGAGGAGAGUGGUUCUCUCUCGGGGGGUGGAGAGGGUGAAUGAGGGCACCUCCACUUCUCCCCACCCCAUACACACCGACACACACUGACCUCGGGCAAAGGGCCUGACUCAGCCUCUCCUAACGUCCGGGUCCAUUUCCUGGCUCGCCCCGAAAGAGAGCAGCGGGCGUGUUGAGUCUUGCCGCUCCUGGGUCAUGGGGCGGCGUGCGUGGCUCAUCGCCCGGGACUCCUGCGUCAGGGGAUGCCUAAUCCCCAGGAGACCUCGCCCUGGGACGGAGCCGGACUUUGAGGCCCAGAUCCAACCUGGGUUCCCUUCCUUCCCGCAUGUGGCGAAGGUGGUGCCCGCUGCUGCUGCCACCGCCCUCGCUUUGGCCAACUGAGAAGCCAUUUCCUGUUACCCACCCAUGCUGGGGAGGGGGGGACCCCAACCUCUGCCCCCCAGACACUGUGGGGCGCUGUUGCCGAACUGCUAUUUUUAGGGCAAGGCGCCCCGUCCCUAACUUUGGGUUCCCCUCCACGCACACAAAAACCUACAUACACACAUGCAGUCAGGUAGGUCAUGGGUGAUGCAUAAAGUCUGCACUUGUCCCGUGAAGACAGGUAGAAAGGGGUUUUAUCUAACCUUCAAGGGAGGUUUAUAUUUGCUUGGUUGCCCUUUUAAUUCCAUAACUGUUUUCGCUUUUUAAAGAAAUGUAACUUUUCUCUCAUUUUUCCCCCCGUCUUACGGAUCCUGAUGGGUUUUUAAGAGAGCUAUGUCUUUGGUUUGGAAUAUUUUUGAUUAGAUUUAUUUUAAAAGAAACGAAACAACUUUGAUGAUUUUUUUUUUUUUUUUUUUUUUUUAGUGUUAAAGUGACAAAGUAUUUACUGGCAACUUUUUAAAAUUUAUUAUUAUUGUUAAAUCAUUUUUCAUGAGACAUGGUCCUGUCUUUAUGAUGCUUUGAGAGUCAGCAGGGAGUAAAACACAUCCGAACGGCAACUCUAAUGCUUGAGGUAUUUUUAUUUUGUCUGUGUAAAGCAGGAUUAAAAUUGUGUGUAAAAAAAAAAUUUUUUUUUUAAGGAAAAAAAAUGUAAGUAGUCCUCAUGCUUUCGUGCAGUGCCUUUUAGACGUUCCACUUUCUAUAAAGUCUUCAAAAAAAAAGUUUGCAUAUAUAUUAUAUAUAUGAUGUAAUGUUAUAGAAAUAUAUGUAUAAUAUACAUAUUUUUUCCAGGGGUAUCUGAUAGCUCUGUAUUUUGUUAUGGAAGUUGAUAUGAAAAGUAUUUUACCUCAAAUUUAAAAAAGUUAAAUAAACCUUUUAAAUAAGC